AUGGCGACUCCAAGACACACACCGGGGCCAGGCCAAGGAGUCACUUCCACCGCUAGAGGAGGCACCAACAGCGCUCUCUCAAUAUCCGAGCACUCAAGAGCAGCUGGUAUCGGUGCUGAGACCAUCGACGACUUUCUGGAUCGACAGCCGCGAUCGGUGCUCAUCCGCCUGUACGAUAAACCGGCAUCAUGUCUUGCCAUCUUCCGCCUGCUGCCCAUGAUGGCGCGCCAGCUCAUCAUGCAUAUGCUGUUCCUGGAUGUGCCGCUCGCUGCAGAUGACUUUUUGGCAUGGAUAAAAAAGGAAGCCAGGAAGGACUUUGAUGCAGCUGUCGACAAGCUCUCUCGUCUGUCAAUCGUACAGCUCAAGGCAACGGCAGGCAAGCAGAUCCUGCUUCUCAACGCUGUGUUUACAGACGGUAUGCGAAGAGCCUUGACCGGUGGAGGCAAGCACAGGUCCUUUGGCGUACCCUGCGAUACCGAAGACAAGAAUGCGGUAGAUGUGGCAUUCCUCGACGAAUAUGCGCGCACAAAGUGGGAAACCAUUCUGCACUACAUGGUGGGCAGCGACAACUCGAGCACUCCACGCGAACCCGUCCUCUACCUGCUGCGCAGGAGCAACCUGAUGCAGCCCAGAUCCAACUCGAGCUCGGGCGGCGGUCUUAAUAUUACCAGCCGUGGAUUCCAAUUCUUGCUCGAAGACGUCAACACCCAGCUAUGGGACCUGCUGCUGCAGUACCUCGACAUGGCCGAGGAGCGAAACAUGGAUCUGGUCGAGGUGCUUGCCUUUCUCUUCAUGCUCGGCAGUUUGGAGCUGGGUCGGGACUACUCAACCGAAGAGCUUCCCGAGACGCAGCUGCACAUGCUCGAAGACUUUCGCGAUUACGGUCUCGUCUACCAGCGCAAAGCUUCCAGUCGACGAUUCUACCCCACGCGCCUUGCGACCACUCUCACCUCGUCCGCUGCUGUCCCCUUGCUAUCCAGCAACGGAACAGAACAGGAGGAGCGAGGCUACAUCAUCCUCGAGACCAACUACCGUCUGUACGCCUACACCUCGAAUCGUCUGCGCGUCGCCGUCCUGUCGCUGUUCGUCACCAUCAAGGCACGCUUCCCCAACUUGGUAGUGGGUUCCAUCACACGCGACUCGGUCAAGUCGGCUCUCGCGAAUGGCAUCACCGCGGAGCAGAUCAUCACGUACCUCACGCAUCACGCGCAUCUUCAGAUGCAUCGCAACGACCCCUUGCUUCCGGUGACCGUGUCGGACCAGAUCAGGUUGUGGGAGCGCGAAAAGAACCGCGUACAGCAGAAUUUGGGUUCGCUGUUUACAGAUUUCACGAGUCAAUUCGACUUUGAGGAGGUCAGGAACUAUGCAAAGCAGUUGGGAGUAUUGGUGUGGGAGGACGAGGCGAAGAGGAGGUUCUUCGUGGAUGAAGCGGGUAACGAGCCUGUACGUGAUUACAUUCGACGUAGAAGGGCCUAG